UAACCAACCAUAUUGAUCUUGUGUUAGCUGAGUUAGAAAUGCCAUGUGUGUCAGGCAUGGGUCUUCUUUGCAAAAUCAUGAGCCAUAAAACACGCAAGAAUCUUCCUGUCAUUAUGAUGUCAUCUCGUGAUUCUAUGGGUUUAGUAGUUAAGUGUUUGUCAAAAGGUGCUGUCGACUUUCUGGUCAAACCUGUUAGGAAGAAUGAGCUCAAGAACCUAUGGCAACAUGUCUGGAGAAGAUGUCAGAGUUCUAGUGGGAGUGGGAGUGAAACUGGGACAAAACCCCAAGAUUCUGUAGAUUCAAAGAGUGUUGAGAAACAAGAAAACAAAAGUGGCGUCAAUGGUGGCGAUUCCAAUGGAAGCGGCAGUUUGAAUAUUGGCAAUGAUGGUGAUGUCCCCCAGCCAACUUCAAACCAUGAGCAUUUUGAAGACAACCAUGAAAAUCACAACACCUGUGCUUCAGGAGGUAAUCAUCAUCAUGGACAGAAUGAAAAGACAGAGAAAGGUGGAAGUGGUGAUGCAAGUGGCAGUGGUUUCCGUGGACACAGAAUGGAUCCAAACAAACUUGCAAAAAGACAAGCUGCUUUGACCAGGUUUCUUCAGAAGAAGA